CGUGUCUAUCAUUAAUAAACCUCCAUCGUCAUUCUGUAUUCCUGUUAACGAAUCGACUUCCUGAGCAAGAUAUUAGAAUAUAUUAAAUCGUUAUUAGACUUCCAUCAUCAUUCUGUAUUCCUGUUAACGAAUCGCCAUUCCAAAUAGGACAUAACAAGCGAAAUAAGUAGCACGAAUCGCGCCGGGAUACCUAACUUUUCUUUAAAGUAGAAGCAGUGCUUUGAAACCGUUAGCGUUUUUGUUUACAUACAAAUAUUCAUAAUGAUUAUUGAUAGUUAUUCGCAAGUUACACAUAACAGAUUGAAACCGGCGUUAAACCACUUUAAAGAGUCAUUGUACGCAUACAAGUAAAAUAAGUUCAUUACGUUUUAAUCAUGUCAAAUCUGAAAGCAAAAGGAUGCCUGUUUUUGGCUUCUUCUUUGUGUGACGGCGUGGAAGAUAAUGAUAUAAAGCAAGUGACAACAUUACUUUUAAAUAAUGAAGCAAAUCCUAAUACAUUAAUUCCUACAUAUGGAGUGACUCCAUUUCACUUGGCGAUUGGUAAUGAUUCUGAAGCUUUCGCAGAAGAAGUUACAAAACUGUUUUUACGUCAUGGAGGAAAUCCAAAUGUCAGGUCAACAGAUGGAUUGACACCAGUUCAUGUAGCAGCAGCAUGGGGACGAGUCACUGUACUAGAAUUACUUUUAGCUAAUGGGGGAGAUCCUCUCUCCUUAGAUGACGAGGGACGCAAUCCAUUCCAUUAUGCUUUCGAUGGAAAAUAUUAUAAAGCUAUUGUUCUCCUUGGGAAAUAUUGUGACAUCAUUACAAAGCCAGAAGAGAAGACAAUAACAUAUAGACGAACUUUUGAUAAACUUUUAUUAAACAAUGGGAAUGUAAUAGCAGAAUAUACUGCGUUACAAAUUCCGGAUGUCAUCGGAGGAAACUUAUUGAAUGAGAGUGAAUUGGGGGCACGCAACGAUGAGGUAUUUACUCACGUCGACUAUGUGAAGUCUUUUAAUUCUUGCGAGCGCAAUCUGAACGUAAAUGAUAACCAGAUCGACGUUAAUGCAGCGUUACAAGUUCGUGAAGAGAUGUUUAAAGAGAAAUCUUUAGUGAAUGAAAUUAUUAAUCAACUUUCGAAUUCUUUGAAAUCGAAUUCCGUAGAACAAGAUAGUAGCCGAGAUCAUGAGGAUUAUAAACUAACCCGGAAUCCUUAUCGUGAUAAUAGUUUGUCAUCUACGCUAAGUACUGAUAACAGUAUGGUUUAUAAUAUGAAAGAUAAAUUUAAAUACAAACCGAAGAACCAAUCUCUUACUCCUAAAACCAGGCGAAAAUUUUUUGGACAAAAUGAUAAUUUUAAAGUUCCAUUGAUACCUAUGCGCAAUGCAGAUGACACUAUUAUAAGUAAGUCGCCAAAUUUCUUAACAAAUGACUUUGUGACUCAAAAAUAUUUAUCCCCGAAGAGAUCGAACAGAGGUAUAAGAUCGAAAGCUUUUACGCCUUGUACGAGGAGAAAAAAACCGUUUCAAUUAGCAGAAAUUAAUUUAGGGAAAGUACUGGCGAGAUCUACUCCGAGAAGAAGACGAUUUUACCGAGAGUAUUCGCCUUCGCUUAAGAAAUGUAGAAGAAACAUUGAGCUUACAUCGUCGGAAUAUACUAGCCCUGAUUCAGGGAAUUCUUUGUCGCCGGAUCGGAAUUAUCGAAAAGAAUUGAAUUACAACUUCAAUAAAGAUAUAGUAAUAAAAUUAGAAGAUAACAAAUACGAUGAUGACGUACCACUAAGUUUAAGUGAGAGUGAGACUGAUGCCUGUGUAUUACAAAAAGAUUUAAUAGGACUUCGUAAUAAUUUCAGUAAGUGUAAUAUAGAAGAAACGAAUUUUAACAAUUUAUUGAAUGUUUACGAAGGAAAACACUCCGAAAUAAACUUGAAGACUGAUAACAAUGUUGAUACUUUUAAAGAAAACUUGAUAACUCUUCUUUCCAGUUCCAGUAGUACGACAUCGUACUUCAGUGUACAAGAAGACUAUAAAUAUGAAGAUGAGGAUGAAGGCAUAGCUUUUUUAGAGCGUAGGACUUACGCGUUAUCACUAUGCAAACCUAUAGACUGUGCAUCAGAGGGAUUAUUUCCUAAGUCUUUAAACUUGGGAAAUAACAAAUGGUUAACUGACGAAGCGCUACGAAACAGAUUAAUUAAAUUGGGUGAAAAUCCUGGGCCAAUAACGAAUACAACACGAUCAUUAUACUUAAAACGACUGACAAAGUUAGAAGAGAAAACGAAUAAUGUAUUAGCUGUAAAAAGUGAUCGUUCGAAAGUGACGGAUUCGUCUGCAACGGAUUGUAGCGAAUGUGACGUAGAAUCAUUCUUAAAAUAUGGAGAUUGGGUAAAUGAUAUAGGAAGAUACAAAAUUAUGGAAAGAAACGCUUUUAAAGAGUUUUGUUCAACGAGUCCUUCUAGGAAAUGGAGAGAAGGGAACAGUAAAACUUGUUUUAAUUAUUUGCUAUUAGAUCCGCGUGUAACUAAAGAUUUGCCAUGUUGUACAGAAAAAUUGACGAGCUCCUCGAUUUGGAGUAGAUUUAUUUCCGCUAUAUUUUACGUUGGCAAAGGUACUCGUAACAGACCUUACUCUCAUCUGAAAGAUGCUUUUGACACAUGGGUUUCUCAUAGAAAUCCUGAAAACGCGAAAAUCCGACACAUUUUAAAUAUUUGGAACGAUGGAUACGGUGUUAUUUGCCUUCAUAUGUUCCAAAACAGCAUCCCAGUAGAAGCUUACACCCGCGAGGCUGCUAUAAUCGAUGCAUUAGGAAUGCAGCAGUUGAAAAAUUGUAGAAGCGGAGAUUAUUAUGGGAUCACAGCAACGUGGAACAAGGAAGAAAAACGUUGUUUUGGGAGAUACUUAUUAUAUCAAGCAAUGCAAAUAUUUAUAUGUGAAGGGGAGAGGCAAAUAUUUCCUCAGAAUUUAUAGAAUUUUGUUCAUUCUAUCUAAGGGACCAAAGUCUAUGCAUCUAAGUCCAUAUAUGUGUAUAGGAUCAGUACAAGGAAGUUGUAAAUACUAUAUAUUUUAUACAAUUAUAAAUUAUUUUGCACUCUCUCUGCACUCUGACUGCAUGCUGGAAGCAUUUUUAUCAGAUAUCUGCGAUAACACAGCAUUGAAUAUGUGCAAUUAAAUGAGAUAAUAAAGAGGAGUACUAUAAUAGUAUUAUAGAUGCUAUUUUAUUAAUUAUACCAGUUUUAACUACAA